AUGAAACCAGACGGCUCUCAGAUCAUACUGGCCACCGCCCUCCUGGCCGCAGACCUCGGAACCUCUCAAUCCUGCCCAGACUACUCCUCCCACUCCAAAGCCCGCCAUGAGCCCUUCUCCCCUGGCAAACACGCCCUGUCCUACGCGCGGCCGAUCCCCGCCUGCCGGACGUUCAACUCCUCCACCAUCGAAUCCCUCGUCGCCAACAUGAGCGACGUCAUCGCCGACCCAGACUUGCACCGUCUCUUUGAGAACACAUACCCCAACACGCUCGACACGGCCAUCCGCUGGCGGGGAUUCGCCGCGAACAACCCCGAGGAGGAGUUGACUUUUGUCAUCACGGGGGAUAUUGACGCCAUGUGGCUCCGCGACAGCGCCAACCAGAUGCAGUCGUACUUGCCGGUGCUUGAGCCGGAUGAUGGGGUGGAUAGUAUCGCGAGUUUGUACAGGGGGGUUAUUAACUUGCAGGCGCGAUACCUGCUCACGGCGCCGUAUUGUAACUCGUUCCAGCCGCCGGUGGAGAGUGGGAUUCCGCCUGCGGAUAACCCAGGCGCGAACAAGGAUACCGUCGUGCCGGGGUAUGAUCCCGCCAAGGUGUUUGAGUGCAAGUACGAGCUGGACAGCCUGGCGGCGUUUUUGAGGGUUAGUGUCGACUACUACGAGGCGACGCACGACGCGGCGUUUUUUGGGAGGUUUCAGUGGGUGUCUGCGGUCCAGGCGGUGCUGGCUACGGCGAGGGCCAUGAUGCGACCGACUUAUGGCGAGGAUGGUGCGGUGCUGGACAGUCCGUACACGUUUGAGCGGCAGACGACGCGCGCGACAGAGACCCUGGCGAAUGAUGGGUUGGGUAGUCCUGUGGCGAGGGAUACGGGGCUGAUUAGGAGCGCGUUCCGGCCGAGUGAUGAUAGUACCAUCUUUCAGUUCCUGAUUCCGGCGAACAUGAUGUUUGCGCAGUCGCUGGCGGAGGCGGUGUUUAUUGUGCAGGAGCUCGGGGAGGGCGCGCCGCAGGGCUUGGCGGAUGAAAUGCGGACUUUGUCGAGGCAGCUCAGGGAGGCGAUUACACGGUUUGGAAUUGUGCCUGUGGUGAGUGGGAAUGGCACUGCGGUGGAGACAGUGUAUGCGUACGAGGUGGAUGGGUACGGCGGCGCGGUGCUGAUGGAUGAUGCGAAUGUCCCCUCGUUGCUGGCGGCGCCGUUCAUGGGCUAUCUUGCUGCGACAGACCCGGUGUAUCAGCGCACCAGGGCGAGGAUUUUGAGCGCGAAGGCGAAUCCAUACUUUAUGACGGGGCCGCAGAUCAAUGCUGUGGGUGGUCCGCAUGCGGGCCCGGGUAUGGCGUGGCCGAUGGCGAGUAUCGUCCGGAUUUUGACGUCGGAUGAUGAUGAGGAGAUUGUUGGUGUGCUGAGGGAGAUUUUGAGCACGACGGACGGGCUGGGGCUGAUUCAUGAGAGCGUCAACUCGUUUGAUGCGAGUCGGUGGACGAGGCAGUGGUUCUCCUGGGCAAACGGACUGUUUGGGCAGAUGAUCCUCGACUUGCGUUUCCGGAAGCCGCAUAUUCUGCAGCAGAGCUUUCAGUGA